AUGGAAAACAAUAAUAACCAUGUUUCCUCUAUUGUAAAAUCUAAUACUAAUACUUAUCGGCGAUCCCUCAAGAUUUCGGUAGUACAUCCAGCAGAUGAAGCUCUAGUUACUGUCAAUGAUGAAGAAAAGUUUUUAUAUGAAAAAAGGUAAUGGGAAAUCACUAAUCAAACUGUUUCCUUAGAUAAAAUUUAGAAGGAAUAAAUGGAAAGAUAUAAAGGGGAAUGGAACUGGGAUGCUUUUAUAGAGUUUUUUUUAUACCAUUAGAUUUUCUUCAUAAUAUUGGGACCCUUUAUGGUGAUAUUAUUUAGUAUAUGGCCAGGCAUGACACUGAUGAAGAACAUGAAGUUUUAUGGCAAUUCAAUGGCUUUUUAUACAUAAGCUCUCUUAUGGAUAGGGUCGGUUUUAGGAGGUCUGGGAUAUUUUUUAUGGAAUGAAAGUGUAAUCACUCUUACAGAAAUCUUAUUCCUAUGGUAUGCAUUAACCAUUCGAAGUGUUGUAAUAGCAGCCAAGUAUGCAACAUUUAGUAAAAGCAUAAUAAACUUAUACAAGAAUGUUUUACUACCAGAAGAAGUGUUUUCAUUUGAUUUGAUGAUGGGAGAAUGGAGAGAACAAUCUCCCAAGAUUCUUUUUUUGGAACCUUAUCGUUCUCUUCAGCGUUACUAAUUUGAGAUUUCUCUGUUUAAGAUGGAUUUUAUAGUGUAGCCUCAUUAGGAAACAAAGGUUGCCAUUGCUAAAGUGGAUAUAAACUACUUCAAAGAUACAGGAAUCACUUUGGAUGACGAAGAAUACUCUGGUUUUCAGCUAUUUGGAUACUUGGUAAAUCAUUAUCAAACAAAAAAUUCAGCGAAUACUCAUAUGUACUUAUGUCUCCUCGAAGCGUUUGUACUUUCUACAACUCCAAUGUGGUUGAGAAUAGGUGAUUUGCUUGAUUCAGUUGAAGCAUUAGACAUGUUUAGAAUGGUAUUAAAUGUUAUCUCUUCAUUUAUUGGAUUUUGGGGCAGCAACAUUUUCUUUCAUUAGGCCUUCUAUGAUUUUAAUAGGAAGUUCUUUUUACUGGAAUAACUAUUACUGAUAAUUAAGGUUAGGCCAGAUUAGAUUGAAAAAGUUAAAUUAUUGCCAACCCUAAACUUCAAUAAUAUUACUACAUGGCAAGCCUGGUCAAUGAUGAGAGCAAUUUCAUUUGAUUAUGGUCAAACAUACAAUCUCAGAACAUAAGGCUUUUACUCUCUCUGUUUCUUAGGAUUUAUUGUAUUGAUAUUCCUUUCUUUAUUACUCAUUUUGGAUUUUGCACACCUUGAUCUAUUUCAACUCAUCUUACUAGGUGAGUUAGCCAUCAUGAUUCUAGGCUUUACAGCCUACUAUCUCUUCUUAGGUGCUAAAUUGAACACCUAUUUGGAUCAAUGUGAAGUAGCUCUUUAAGAUGUUAAGUCUAUAUAUUAAGACCUCUUGAGAAUGAAGGAAGUCUAUUUUGAGUAGAACAAAGAACCUUAAAAUUACAUUCACAAGAAAUUCAAAUAACUGUUACAAAACGAAAGCCAAGUUGAGGAAGUCAUUAAAUCUAUCAUUCAAGAAUUGGAUGAUAAUAUUAGAAUCAUUCAAUAUGAUUCAAGAAACAACCCAUUCAAACUUUAUGGGAUCAAAAUCACUUUUAACUUACUUAAAAGUGCUGCAGUUGGACUCAGCACUGUAUAUAGCUAUUCACUUUAAUAAAGAUUCAUGAAUAUCAAAUGA